GCUGUGACGUAAAAAGCCUGCGUCAACCCAAAAUUAUACACGAGAAGUCGCAGCUGCAAGUGAAGAGGGAAGAGAGUAAUAGUUUGUAACUCUCAUGUGUAUUUGGCGAUGCCGGAGCUGGGGUCGGUGCGUCUGCGAGAUUCCAGCUCGGUGCUUCCUGGGGGUUUCUGGGCAGCAGUCGCUGUCUGGCUGGAGAAGCCGCAGGUUCUGAAUAAGCGACUGUGCGGUUCCACUGUAGGGAAGCAAUGGGAUCUGGGGGAAGAGAGCGGCCCCGAAGGCAUGGAUGUGAACCCAAUACUAGCGGUGCUGGGGGGCAUGUCGGGCCCUGUGGGAGAGGCCUGCGAUGAGGAGAUGCUGAAGCUGCUGAGCGGAUACGGGAAUAGGAGAGGGGGGAGCGGCACGGUCACACUCCGGACUCUCAUCCCCAAGGCCAACCCGCAUUAUCCGUCCUGCCGGCCCCGCACCGACAUGGUUAUACGAGAUCUGGCUAACAGCAUUGUGACAUUCCUACCUCUGGAUGAAGCAAAUCAGGCUAAGAAAAACAACAUUUAUCAAAUCCGUCUGAAACGUGUCCAGGAUGAUGAAUGGUCAAUCUCACUUUUCACGUUGUGCUCAGAGGGCUGGGAAUGUGAUGGAGUUGUAUACCCUAAAAUAACCUGGAUGAAAAAUGAGCUGCUAUCCAAGCUGGCAAAGUGGUCCACGGAGGACAAGAAAAGUGAAUUUAAAAGCACCUUAUCGCUCAUUGCUGUGGAUAAAUAUAGCCAACUUUAUCAGUGUCUGAAGGAAAAAUACAGAGAUAUGGUGAAGGUCUGGCCUGAAGUUACCGACCCUGAGAAAUUUGUGUAUGAGGAUGUUGCUAUCGCUACCUAUUUGUUGAUUCUCUGGGAGGAGGAGAGAUCACAGAAACAAUUGAGAGAAAAACAGUCAUUUGUGGAUUUGGGAUGUGGAAAUGGCCUCUUGGUGCAUAUACUGAGCAACGAGGGGCAUCCGGGCAGAGGAAUUGAUGUCAGAAGGAGAAAAAUAUGGGAUAUGUAUGGACCACAGACUAUUUUAGAGGAAUCUGCCAUUCUUCCAAAUGAUGAUUAUUUGUUUCCAGACACAGAUUGGAUCAUCGGGAACCACUCUGAUGAGCUAACCCCAUGGCUUCCUGUUAUUGCAUCUCGGUCCUCCUAUUCUUGCUGCUACUUUGUGCUGCCCUGCUGCUUUUUCAAUUUCUAUGGAAAAUACAAUCGGAAAUCAACUAAGAAAACUCAGUAUAGAGAAUACCUUGACUUUGUGAAAGAAGUUGGUGAUCAGUGCGGAUUUAACGUGGAAGAAGACUGCCUUAGAAUCCCUUCCACAAAAAGGGUGUGCCUUAUAGGGAUGUCUAGAACGUAUCCACCAACCCAAGAAAAACUUAUUGAUGAACAAAGGACACUGUACAUAAAAAGCCAACAUACUGACAGUCUAGGCCUUUCUAGCAAGUCAUCGCUUGACCAAGAUGAUUCUCGGCACUUAGACUGCCAUGCAAGUGACACGCAAGUGGGAAAUUUAGACUCUUCUCUGGUUCCUCCUGAAAAGCUUACAGAAAGCUGGAUGCCUGGAUUCCAACCCCGGGAAAAAGAGGAGCGGAUCCGAAACUGUGCUCUUCUUCCUAGGGACUUUAUCGAUAAAACUGUAUUGCAAGUAGCCAAGUUGCUCUUAGAUUCAAACUCAGAGGAAAAGGAUCCCCGUAUCAAUGACCAAAGCAAAUCUGUUUGGGACACGGGAAGAUCUUUGACAUUACGGGAAGUUGCAGAACAUCUUGAAGUGGACACACUGCAAAAAUUAAAGAACGAAUGUGGUGGUUUGCAGACUUUACUUAGGAACAAUCAUCAAGUGUUUGAAGUGAUAAAUUCGAACGUUUCUAUCCGGGACUGGCGACAGGAAGUGCACACCAACACAAAUAAACGAAGACCUGAAGCCAAAAGAACAGCCCCCUCUGAUGUCUUAAAAACUCGUCUGUGUUGGUUCUAUGUGAAUCACCCUAGUGGCUGUCCCCGCGCUGCGGAGUCUUGUCCCUACGCACACGGAGCUGAGGAGCUGCGACCCAGUCUGAUGCCAAGAAAGAACAGAAACUCUGCCCCUGACGGCUACUGUUCUUCUAGCCUGGUUUUAAUGUAGCCUUUUUUUUAAAUUAAAUUAUCUCUGACACUAAACAAAAGUAUUUUGAAUUAAUUUGUUGAACUAGGAUUUUUCUGCACAUAAAUAGGUUGGUUGUGCGCAAAUAUUCACCUGUGAAGUUGCAUCUAGUGUCUUGCACCUAUAAUGAACUUAUAGUAAGGAAUAUGUCCGAAAUAGCAUCACUUGUUUUAACCAGCUGUAAGAGCUUUAGCACAUCUUAGGGUGCUUUUAUGAGCACUUUUGCUAUUAAAUUUAUUUUUUUUUCAU